CGUUAAUAAAUGGCUCGAGCUCGAGCUUAGCUCAUUUGUUAACAAGUCAAACUCAAACUGGGGUAAAACUCGGCUCAGCUCGCUCAUUUGCCGCCCUAAUGAGAAUGGGAUCACCAGUCGAAUAAAGUAAUGAGCUUUAAGUGCAGGUUUUGCGACUGUUUUUAGGUCAAAUGAAUAAAAAAAAAGUGUCUUCUGCUUCUUAUCCGACAAAAAGAUUGUCAUUAUUUUAUAAUUGUUAGGUUCAAUAGCAAAGGGUUUCUCUUCUCCAUCAACAACAGUUAAUCCAAUCUCUUGGAACUCCUAACUCCAUAUCCUCUCCACACAUGAUGGUCACAUACUUCUGAUUAAUUAAAUUGGGAUUGAAAUCCCAAUAACGUGGCACUGUCUGUCGCCAAACUUAACCAACGUCCAAAAGAGAUGUAUUUUUCUCAGAGCACCCAAACGGACAGAGCAACUUCAAGAUUUUUUUAAUGUGGGUUUUGGACAGACGAAAGUAGCAGCCGGGGCCGCCAGCAGUAAUCACUCCUCGAUCACUGUUGCAAUCUGACUAGCCGACGUGGCAUCUUCUUCACCUCAUACUGCUUCCCUUAGAAUCUCCAUCUUUACUACUCUGUUGCUUUUCUUUCUUUCUUUUUAUCUUUUUGCAAGCUUCAGAAUUUCCUUCCUUCAUUCCAUUCGCUUGUUGCCGCAGCAGCACCGCAUGCUUGCCAGCGGCCCUCUCCUCUCCCCUUCCCAAAACGGAAACUCUUUCCUUUCCUUUCUUCACCUUCAUAAAUACUCCAUUGCAGUUUCCUCUCCCUUCCCCUCUUUUCCGCUCCUCUUCCGGAUUCCAUGUGGCAAAAUUGAAAGCUUUUGUUUCGUUUGUUGUGAGCUUUCUUAGUCUUUAGCGGCUUUCUCCCUUCCUCUCAUCGGAGGCUUUUUUUUUGUGGUCGUGAAUGAGAGAAAGAACGCAACUUUCAGGGGGUUCGAGGGAUUAUAGGUAAGUGGGUCUCCGUAAUUCAGACUCUCCUCUGCUGGGUAAUCUCUCAAUUCUCAUAAAGUUGAUUGCUUUCUUUGUAGUCUUGUUAGUUUCAUCCUGGUGUAACUGUGAUGCUCAAUUCCCUUUCGUGGAUGCAUUUGGUGCUUUCAAAUGAUUUGAUCAGGAUGGCCUUCUGAUUUGCUUUAAGCUUGUGAAUGAUUAGCUCUCGAAUUAAUUUUUAGUUGCGCUCUAGCUUCUAGCAGUUAAAUUAGUGUUUGGCCUGGUCUAUUAUAUGUAUAUCCAGACAACUGUUUGAAUAAAAUAGUCCCUUUAAAAAAAAAAAAAAAAUCUGGCUGCUUGAUAUCUUUGUCCUGAUCACGAUUUUGCUAGGCAGCAGCUUUUGACUGUUGAUGCUAAGGUAGAGAGUCCCUAGCAGUUGAGUGAUCCAUGCCCAAGUCUUUUCAUCUUUCUAAAUUCACCGACGUCAUCAAGGGUCUGGUAAACCUUUGCAAGAAGCCUUGAAAUUUGGUCAGGUUUCCAAGGCCCCAAAAUGUGUAGAGCUUUGUAUUGGUGUGGAUGAAGUUGGUGAAGCUGUGGAUGGUCAUGAUACAUCAAUGGUCAUAAAGCCUGUUUCUUUCACAAUACCAUGAGGUUGAGCAUUUGUUUGUUAAAAGAUGUCCUGGUUUAAUGAUAUGCCUUGAUAGGAGUGUAUGGAGAGGUUGAUUAUGCUAGAUUCAUGUUUGUCAAAUGAGAGGGAAAUCCAACGUUUUUCUAGUAAACAUCUUCUUUGUGUUUUCAGGAUUCCGUACUGCGAGAGAUGAACGCUGAUGAGAGCAGCAGCAUAGCAUUGAACGACUUGGGACUUGUUCUGAGUUACUCGAAUCGUUCUGGUCAAAGGAGAUUGAAUAACGGCGAAGGUUCAGGUGCAGGUACAAAUGCAGGCCCAAAUGUAGAAAUGACAUUUGCAGCAGCCACUGACCCCUUGUCUGAGCUAGUUUGGUCCCCAAGGAAAGGAUUGAGCAUCAAAUGUGCUGAUCGCAGCUUCUUUGGCAGAAGACAGCCCUCUCAUUUGUUGGUUUCGAGAUCUAGAGAUAUUGUAAUGGGUUCAAGCAUUGACAAGAAUUUGAAGGAAGAAGAAGAGAAUUCUAUGGAAAGGGAUGCUAAUGUAAAGAGUGAAGCUGGUGACAUGCAUCAGCUUCCAAAUGGCAUGGAGAUCAUGCCAUUGAGUGGAUCAUUUCACGACCUCAAAAAAGCCGAGCACGAAUCUGAUGUGGCACAACACGGUCAAACUUCUCAGGAACCUGGUAAGAGAGUAGAAAAUAUCGCUGAUGGAAGCAAGUUAGUGGCACCACCAGUUGUUUUAGCUUCUGGUGAGGAUACCUGCAAAGAUUGCAGCCCUGGAAUGCAAGCUGAAGCCUCCUUGGAGGAAAUACCUGAAGCAUCAGCUCACUUUGUGGAGAACGAGAGAAAAGAUGAAGUCGAGGCUGAAGCUCAUGGCCACGAAAGGGAGGAAUCAUCGGAUGAGAAUGAUAUAGGAAGUCCUCUACUAGGCCAAAGUAAACAUGUGGCGGGACUGGAGCAUUGCUCAAUCCAGGAUGACGAGGAUGAGUCUUCUCCUAGAGAGGUGAAACAAGCAGUCAAACAGUCGCCCACGAAUAGCAGAAACAAAAGCUACCGAAGGAAAGGCAAGGCCAAAGCUUUGUCCGAUGGAGAUGUGAGUGGGAAGCAGUUAGAUGAUGGAAGUGAAAGUGAUGAAAGUAUUGAAAGCUGCACUAGUGCUCGCCACUUUUCCAAAGGGAAGAGGAGGGCAAACUUUGACCUACCGUUGAUGCUUGGAAGUAAAAGAGGGAAAAGGCCAGUCCAAGACACCGCUGGUUCAUCGUCGUCAUUGCUUAGACAAGAUAGCUCGUUCAUGAAUUGGAUUUCAAACAUGGUGAAUAAUGGGUUCUUGAAAACAACACAGCAGGGGGAGACGGCACCUUCACUUACUCUCACUGUUGGGAACUCUGAUAAUAUUGGGAAUGGUAAUUCCGGUGGUCCUAAUCUUCUCCAAUGCAACAAUAGGAGCCGAGAUUCCAGCAGCAGAGAUGCUGGAUUCCAGUCCAUUUUCCAGUCCUUGUACUGUCCAAAGCACAAGGCUCAAGAUAAUGUUUCCGUGGAUCUGGAUCAUCAAGUGGAAGCUGAAAAAUUCACCAAACCAGAUAGCCAAAUGUGUGACGUUAGUGCCACUCCAAUUGCAUGUCGUCCUGUGACUGGUGGUUCAGGAAGUUUUAAGGAGCAGAAUGGAAGAAGCUCCAAUUCCUCUCAUGGUAGAGCAAGGAUAAACGCUGCUGAUAAUAUCUGUGACAAAGUUGACCCCUUUGCAAGUGCAUGGAUAAUGCGGUUUAUACCAAAACCUUCUGGUUCUCCAAUUCAUAAGGGAAUGCCAGCCAAGUCUCACUUACAGAACCUUCUUACUUCAUCCACAGCCCGUGCAAUAAUCGAAGGCGAUGAGCAGUCGGAUGAAGGUCUGCGUCAUGUAAAGGCUUGUUCUAGUAGUGCUGAUGCUUCAUUUAGUUUCUACAAAGUGAAGAGCCACCACCUUGGUGAGUCGUCCUCAAUUAAGCAGAACCCGGUCCUUCCUUCCCAGAGGUUCACAAAUUCCAAAGCAAUGGCCUCCGUGUUUGCUAGGAGAUUGGACGCCCUAAAACAGAUCAUGCCAUCGGAUGAUAAAGCUCACUCAGCCAUAAUAUGUUUCUUCUGUGGAGCGAGAGAUCACCAUCUGAGAGAUUGUUUGGAGAUGACAGAUGGCGAGCUUGAAGAACUUUUCAGGAACAUUACUUCGUACGAAGGAAGAGAAGAGCCACCAUGUUUCUGCAUCAGAUGCUUUCAGCUGAACCAUUGGGCUGUUGCAUGCCCUAAUGCACCAUCCAGUGUAACUCCUCGGCUCAAUGAACUUGGUGGUGCAGUCAAACUGCAGCUUAACUGGAGAAACAACCACAAAGAAAAGCUAGUAGAACCAUCCUCAACUAGCCGAUAUCCAGUUGCCAGUGAGAAUACAGCUUGUGCUACAAAUUAUCUAGUAGACAAAGUUUCUCAUGAAGCUACCACUAGCAGUAAAAAACCUCGAUUGGUCGAGUUAAACUGCAUAGACAAAGGCGUUUCAAGCCCGGGAGGAACCAGAUCAAAGGAAAGGCAGGUGAACCCUUUUCUCAAGUCUUCCAGUGGAGGCAUUUUUGGUGUCCCAAAAGGAAUAUCUGAUGCUGUGAAAAGCCUUCGCUUGUCUCGGACAGACAUUCUCAGAUGGAUGAAUUCUGGGGUGCCACUCAAGCGGCUCGAUGGCUUUUUCCUUCGUCUAAGACUAGGAAAAUGGCAAGCAGGAUUUGGGGGAACCGGGUACCACGUAGCUCGUAUAGCAGUAGCCGAAGGGGAGAGUUCACAACCAAAGUCCAGGACUACUUCUCUACCUGUAGAUAUUGGUGGGAUCAGAUGUGUAGUGGAGGCUCCAUACGUUUCCAACCAGGAUUUCCGUGAGGACGAGCUCACGGCGUGGUGGUCUGCAGCGCGGAUGGGAGAUGGUGGUACCAAGGUGCCAUGCGAAGAAGACUUGAGAGUCAAGCUUAAAGAAAAGCAAAUGCUGCUGGGGCUUUGAGUCACCUGCUGAAGAGGGCUUGCUUCCAUGCUUCUUUUCCCCCUGCUGUCUUGUUUUUUGACAGAGAUACCAGAAAGGCUUUUUUACUUGAGAGAACUUUGAUCUGAAUAUAUGCUGUAGAGAAAGGUGUUCAAGUGCAAUAAUGGGUUUUGUUUCCUUGUAGAUAAAGCAAAAAAAGGAGCUGGGAUAGGUGUAAUAUGGUCUGGGUAUAUAGGAACCAAUAAUGACUUACAAAUUAUCCCAUUAAUUAUUUUGUUUACAGUAACCGAGAGGAGUUGGAAACUAAUCUGACGAUAGUGCUGAGUGCUAACCCUCGUUGGCUGGGGUAUUGUUUUAUUCUAACAGUUUAUGGGAUUGCUAGGUAAUUAGGUAUACAUACAUGGUAGCCGUGCUGCCCGUGCACGCACCACGGUAACGCUAUGAAGACUUUCUCUGGUUUGAUAAAUGAAGAUUUUCUCUGGUUUGAUUGGCAACUCAGUAAAAAAAAAAAAUUGGUAUUUUUAUUUGCCUUAAUAUCUUAGAACUUUAUCCUAAAUGAUUAAUUUUACUGAUCUUUUCAUAAAUGUCCAUUAAAUAAUAAUUUGACCAAAAAUGUUAAUACGCAAGCAUAUAUAGUUGAUGUGGAUGUCAAGAAGAAAUUAAUAAAAUAGAAAAAUUAUUUAAAUACAAUUAAAAAAUAAAUUAUAAACCAUUUAUAAUACUAUUUUUUGUUGAAUAUUUACUAUUUAUUUUACUAUUCAAACAGACCAAAUUAAAAAAAACAAUUGGGCAUUAGCCAAAUCUCUCGAGACAAGCUCCCACAUCGUAAUCAUCGCCAUUCCAUUUCAUUCGUAAGCAUCGCUAUAUCCGGUAGGGUUGGAAAACGGUUCGGUUCGAUCUGACUGGAUCUAUGUUAUCCAGCUUUUCAAAUGCUAAUGAUGUCAAAUAUGUAACUGGAAGUUAGAUUUGAUUGAAUUAGGUUUAAACUGUGACCGGAUUGUAAUGAGUUCGGUCCGAUUUUAAUCCCAUAAAUCGAAUAUGUUUAUUCCCUUCCCAACACGUUGUCGUUUGAAGACAAAUUGGAUUAAAAAAACAAACAAUUGAGAGCAGUUCAUCACCCCCGACCGCACAAUCCAUGAUUCCCUCUUUCAUUACUAUCGAAUAUCGAUCAAUCGCUGCUCUCAUCUUGGAAAAGCUGCCCAGGGAGUUGUCGACGGAGACCGAAAGAAAGAUCGAGGCGGGAUCCAUCAUCACUGUGAGCCAUUCGUGGAUAUUGUCACCGUAAUCAGCGAGAUUCGAGACAAGAGGUAGCUAGUGGUCGUGGAGGGUCAAGGCGAGUCAGGAGACGAGUAGCGUGAGCUGGAACUAUAGUUGGUAGUCGUCGAGAUCCAGUGACGACGAGAAUUUGAGAUCCUCUUCUUCCGUUUACAAGCGAUGACGAGCGACAAGCAGUAGACAUAAAGCAUGCAAAGAGGUGGACGACGACUACCUUGUUAGACUUGACUGUUGGAUGUCGAUUCGCGAAUACUCUUUCUCUGUUUCAAUUUAUUAAACAUAUAAGAAACUCAUAAACCAGGCAACAAGUUUUUAAAGUAUAUAAAAAACCUCAUAACCUUGGACCAAUUUGUUAAUUUAAAAAGUUUAGGUACCAAAAUGUAAGACAUAAUUUUUUAGAUACUAACAACUGAAAACCGAAAAAUAGUUCCUCUAUUCAGUAACUCUCUUGAACCUAAUAACCGAAAACAGUUCCUUCUUAUUCCUUUAAUCUAUUCGCCUUUAAUAUGGGUUUUCCUCUCCUUAUUAGUUAUUACUUAGUACCAAAAUCUUCAAAAAUAUUGUAAAAACAAAUUCCUUAAAAAUGGCUCGUUUUCCUCUUUCAAAUACUUUUCUCAAAUCCGUAAUUUUCAAAACAUUUUUCAAAACUCAAAUCUUACAAAGAACUUAAUAAACCUUAAAUAAAUUC